AGCGUUUGUUGAAGAUGACGUUGGAGGACAGACGCAAAGAAUACUUGAGGGAUUAUGUUCCGCUGAAAGACAUUCCAACAUGGAUGGAAGAAAUAAAAAGCAAGAACCAAAGUGAUGAUGAAAACACUAAGGAAGCUUUGCAGCUGAAGAAAAGUCUGAGUGAGAAGGUUUCUCUCUACAGAGGUGACAUUACAUUGCUUGAGAUUGAUGCUAUAGUUAAUGCAGCUAAUUCCAGUCUUCUUGGAGGUGGAGGGGUGGAUGGCUGUAUACAUAGAGCUGCUGGGCCCUGCCUACUUGCUGAAUGUCGCAACUUGACUGGCUGCCCCACUGGACAAGCUAAAAUUACUUGUGGAUAUGACCUGCCUGCCAAAUAUGUCAUUCAUACUGUGGGACCAAUAGCAAGAGGUCAUAUCAGUGAUACUCAUAAAGAAGACCUGGCAAGUUGCUAUAAAUCAUCCCUGAAACUGGCAAAAGAGAACAAUAUCAGAUCAAUUGCAUUCCCCUGUAUUUCAACGGGAAUUUAUGGUUUUCCAAAUGAGCCUGCUGCUGUUAUUGCCCUUACCACUGUUAAGGAAUGGUUGAACAAGAAUCACAAUGAGAUGGAUCGUGUCAUCUUCUGCGUCUUUUUGGAGGUUGACUACAAAAUAUUUAAGAAGAAAAUGAGCGAGUAUUUCCUCACAGAUGAUAAUGAAGAGGAGACUGAGAUAAGUGAGGAUACAGAGGGAUUGGAACAAAAAGGCCAGUCACCAUCACCUAUGAAAUGCAAAGCAAAGAAAUCUGAGAACCUGAAGGAUGAUAAUGAGGAUGAUAAUAGCAGAGAAGAGAAGCAAAGUACUGAAGAAACUGAGAACCGGAGCCAAGAAGCAGAUGAGACAAAACCCACAGCUGUGCCCAGCCCACCAUCAGAAGAAGGGGUAGAGCUGUGCAAGGAUAAAGCAGAUCCCUCAAAAGAUUCCAAACCCACACCAGAUAAUGACCCAGCACUUCAUACAAUGUGCAAAGAAGAUCAAGAUGAAGGACAACAGGAUGUUUCCACAAUUGAUGAAAUGGAAAUGCAGACAGAUUCUCAGACUUCCUAUAUGGAAACAGAAGAGCUCCUGUCGAACAAAGAGGAUGUAAUCAAGGUUGAGAAACCAAUGACUCCUAUAGUAGAUGAAAACAAAGAAGAAAGCAAAGAAGAAGAGACAGGUAAAACUUUCUAUACAUUAGAAGUAGGCAGAGAAUUCAAGUAGACUGCUAUAUAGAAU